GGGUGUGUCGCGAUUUUGCCUUCUCACAUCGCGAUACAGGUUCGUGGACCUGCGUAUCGCGAUUUCGGUUUCAUAUCGCAUAUCGUUACAGCCCUAAAACACACUAUUGUUAAUGUAGAUUAAACAAACAGGCCAAUACCCAUCAAACACAGAACGUUCCUUUUAGCGUUUAACCUUUCCACAAUGCUGAGGUUGCAUGGAUGUUUUUGUAAUUACCUAAAAAGAACCUACAGCAUACAGAACGUUCUCUAAUGGUUAUUUUUAGGUUUUAUUUUUAUAACCAUAAACAUAACCUUUCCAGAACAUUCUGGGAUCCAAAUAUUGUUGAUAAAGUAGCCUAAAUGAGAUUUAUUUAGGUUAAUCUUUUUUUUUUUUUUUAUUUAACUGAAAAAAAUGUUUUAUAGGCAAUACUGUAUGUAGCCUAUUGUUUAUUUGCACUGAACAUCAUGUUGAUCAAUGAUGUCUCAGGACUUACAUCAGCAAAUAAGUGAGAAUGGAAACAGAAAGUGACUACGUUUUCAGAAACGAAACACUUUGAGGCGGGGCUUGAGUUGAUGCUUUAUAAAUAUUCAUCCCUCACACAUUAUGGUGUGACUUACUACAAGACUUAUUGAAGAAAGUAAUUCAGUGAAAGCCGUAGCAGCCUAUUUGCACAACCCAGCUCGGCAAUGGAACUGAAAAUAAAACUAAUGAAUGGAGAUGUGAGGUCGCUGGAGGUGAGAGAUAAUGCCACAGUUGGUGAACUCAAGCAGCUCAUUUCUCAUCACUUCAAUGUGCCUCCUAACAAACAGAAGCUUUCUAGCGAAAACGGUCACCGUAUCAGUCUUGAUGAUGUUUCCAAAAGCCUCAGCAGUUGCGGUUUGAACUCGGGCUCAGUGGUGAUGCUGCUCAUCACAAACCCCGUACCUUCGAACCCUGUACCUUUCCAAGUGUUCGUCGUUAACGAGAAGGGUCAGACCAAAACCUAUGAUGUUGAUGUCAAUGAGACCGUAGAUCAGCUCCAGACUAAGAUCGUCCAGAAAGAGAGAGUCCCCAAGGAUCAGCAGUGUCUGACUUGCAACCGCAAACAACUAGAGGCUGGCAAGAAGUUGCAAGACUACGGCAUCACAUCUGGAAACACCAUUUUCAUGACUCUUCGUCUCCGAGGUGGUUAAUGGAGUUGAUCAGCAUGACCAGGAUUCAUUAAUGAUCCAACUAUUUAUUAAUGACUAAACAUGCCAAAAUAUAAUAGUCCUACUGAAAGACACUUUUUAGUCGCUCUCUAAGAUGAUCUCUAAAUGUAUCUAUAGGUCUAACAUGUCUGGGGGGUAUUCCAGAAAACAAGGUUAACUUACCGUCACAUAUACCCUGAACUCUCGGUUGAUUAACCCAAACCUUGCUUACUCGAGCUAUGCUGGUUCCAAAAACGCGUCCGGGAGUAAGUUCAGCCUCAGCCAACCCAGAGUUUGUUCCUGGUUAACACACAAGACAUUCUCAACACAGAAUUAUGCUUCACAAUGGAAACAAAUGCUAAGAAAGCGCGUCAUUCUACUUCCUUAUUCUUUUGUUUAAUGCCGAUUUACAUAACCUACUUAGUGCAGUGCGCAUCGCCACCUAUUUGGUGGUUGUGCAAUCAUUUUUUCAAUGUUUUCAUUUAACCUCUUCAACCUUUACAACAUAUACUAUAAUAUUUAUGACUUUCAGCAGUGUUUUAUGUAAUUUCAAAGGGUUUUCUCGAAAAUGACACUGCUGACACUAAAUGAUUACAGCACAGCUAAUUAUUGCUAAUUA